AUGGGCUGCAAAAGUCAAAAUCUGGUGCUUUCCGUUGAGCAAUUUCACGAGCAGAUCCCUGAUCUCAAAGAAGCUGCAUCUGAUGAUUCAGGGCAAUUUAUAUCCUCGACCCUGGAUGCAGCUAAUGAGAAAGAAUUUGGACUAUUAGAUCCUAGCGGGUCAAGUUUCCACUCUAGACAAGAGAUAAGCCACCUAUUGAAGAACUUCAUUAGUUUUUGUAAUUUCAACUUCCAAGGCAAUGAGCACCAGUAUUCGGUGACGUCCCUAUUGGCCCUGAUGGAAAGCAGCAAGACAUUGCAUCUUUUAAGUUCGGUUGUAAGAAAUCAGCUACUUCCAACUCCUGGGGCAUUUAGUGAUGAGAAAAUUAAGGAUGAUGGUGCUGGAACUAAGAAAUCAAAGGGCAAAGGCAAUAAUAAAAAGUCCGAAAAAGAUAGUGAUGAGGUCAAUCUGAAAUGA